CUUCCUCUCAAUGUACUUUUGUACUCACUGGACUCCGGGGCAGUCCAGCCUUGGGAUUACUGACAGCUCGAGCUUGAAGGCCCUGGACCCUCCACUAUGGCCUUGACCCCAGAAUUGAGCAAACAAGCAAAAUGGAAAGAGAUAGCAGGGAUCCCCCUGGCAGCUGCGACUGUGGACAACUGGAACCAGAUUCAGGCCUUCAAGGCCAAGCCAGAUGACCUCCUCAUUUGUACUUAUCCUAAAUCAGGGACAACAUGGAUUCAAGAGAUCGUGGACAUGAUUGAACAGAACGGGGAUGUAGAGAAGUGCCAGCGAGACAUCAUUCAACAUCGGCACCCUUUUAUUGAGUGGGCACGGCCACCCCAGCCAUCAGCUCUCAAAUUAGGUGUGGAUAAAGCCAAUGAGAUGCCAUCCCCAAGGAUACUAAAGACCCAUCUUUCCACUCAGCUGCUGCCACCGUCUUUCUGGAAAAGUAACUGUAAGUUCCUUUACGUGGCUCGAAAUGCCAAAGACUGCAUGGUUUCCUACUACCACUUCUACAGGAUGAGCCAGGUGCUCCCAGAUCCAGGCACCUGGGACGAGUAUUUUGAAACCUUCAUCAGUGGGAAAGUAAACUGGGGAUCCUGGUUUGACCAUGUAAGAGGAUGGUGGGAAAUUCGAGAUAGAUACAAGAUUCUCUUCCUCUUCUAUGAAGAUAUGAAGAGGGACCCAAAGCGUGAAAUCCAGAAAGUUAUGCAGUUCAUGGGAAAGAACUUGGAUGAAGAGGUGCUGGAGAAAAUCGUCCAGGAGACAUCAUUUGAGAAAAUGAAAGAGAACCCUAUGACAAAUCGUUCGACGGUUCCCAAAUCUAUCCUGGACCAGUCCAUUUCCCCUUUCAUGAGAAAAGGAACUGUGGGGGAUUGGAAGAACCACUUCACUGUGGCCCAGAAUGAGAAGUUUGAUGAAAUCUACAGACAGAAGAUGAAGGGAACGUCUAUAAACUUCUGCAUGGAACUCUGAUCAAGAUGUAGAGAUAGAUGACAAGAACGUGGAAGCUGCUGCU